CAAAAAGUAAAAAGAUUGAGUAAAAAUAUCAAAAAGUAAUCGCCAUCAUCAUAAAGUGGAUAAGUAGCUGUGAUAUUUUUGGGCAACAAAUUUAAAGACUCAGAUAACAAAUAAAAAUGAUUCCUUUGAUGCGCAAGUGGUCACAAAUGCGAUGGCCUUUGACAAUAGCUGGUGGUGGCCCAUACAGCAGAAGCAUUAACAGCAUAAUUCAACGGCAAACGGUUAUUUCCCCGCGCAGUCUAACAACAAUUAUUGGCUCUCAAAAUAUUGAGCAUUCAACUACUCAACCAGUGAGCCAGCAAAAAUUGCAAAUAUCAACUAGCCCCCCAUCUGCAAUGGAAUGCCAAGAGAUAUUUGAUCCACGCUGGGCGAAAUGGCGAACGGAGAUUCAAGAGUACAUGGACGUUUUUCCAGAAAUCUUACACACUCUCACCGAAGUAGUCAAAAUUGAAAAAGGGCCUAUCGUUGCAGAGUGGUUUAGAAAGGUUCUAUUGCACAAUGUACCAAGCUCCAAGCCGAUGUACGGCAUGGUCGCAGUCUUCGCAUACAAGAGUCUAAUCGAAAAGGAGCAGGUCAGGGCAGACAAAUUAAAAUUGGCAUAUUACCUCGGUUGGUGUGUUGAAUUGCUGCAUGCUGCCAUGAAUAUUUCCGAUGACAUGAUGGACCAAAGUACUACUCGUCGCGGCCAAUUGUGUUGGUAUAAAUUGGAAGAGGUUGGCCCUACUGUCAUAAAUGAUGUGAUCAUGAUAGAAUCCGGCAUUUAUGAAAUACUCAAAAGAAAUUUCCGCCAACUCGAGUGUUAUGACGAACUGGUAGAGUUAUUUCGUGAUGCAACCCUUAAAGUAGCUCGUGGUCAGUUAUUGGAAUAUCUAACUUCAAAGAAUAAUGUCAACACAUUCAAUGUAGAAACGUUCAAUACUAUAGUGCACUAUAAAACUUCCUGUCACACGCUGUAUCUGCCCGCAGCAUGUUCUCUACAUUUAGCAGGCAUUAAAGACCGUCUAUCAUUUCACCAAUGUAAUGCCAUUCUAGUUGAAUUAGCUCAUUUUGGUCAAUCACUCAACGACUUCCUCGAUUGUUUUGGUAAUCCUGAUGAGACUGGCAAGAUUGGUACUGACAUAGAGACCAACAAGUGCUCAUGGUUAGCAGUGGAGUGCAUGCUACGGGCUAAUCCAGAGCAAAAGGCUAUUAUGGAGGCAUGCUAUGGGAAGAAAGAUCCUCAGAAAGUUGAACGUGUCAAGAAGCUCUAUUCAGAAUUGAACCUUCCUGUAGCCUUUGAAAAGUACGAAGAGGAAGCUUGCAACUGGGUCAAAAUGCUUAUUCAACAAGCAUCGAACGGAAUAACUCAGGGGGCUUACUAUGAUUUGAUUGAGUAUUGUUGUGGAACUUUAAAAAAAUAAUGUAAUUACAAAAUAAAUUAUUAAGAUAAAACAAAA